GGCACAUGUUUGGACAAAGGACUGCAGCACAAAGCCGAAGAAGAAGAGGAGGCUGGACUAAGAACACAGAGCCACUCUGGUUCUAUUGGACCCAUCAGAACCAGAACCAGCAUCAUGUUUGUUUCAGUGGUUCUGUUGUUGAUUUGCCUUUUAUUCGUUUUCCUCCAACUCAAACCUCGGAGGCCCAAAAACUUCCCUCCAGGGCCGUUCACCCUGCCUGUCCUGGGGAACCUGCUGCACCUGGAGAACCCCCUGGAGAACCUGGAGCGGCUGAGACAGUCUUAUGGAAACGUCUACAGUCUGUUCAUCGGUCCCAAACCAGCUGUGGUCAUCAACGGGCUGAAGGCCAUGAAGGAGGCCAUGGUGGUCAAGGCCACGGACUUCGCUGGACGACCUCAGGACCUGCUUGUUAAUGAAGUCACCUGGAAGGAGCAUCGCCGCUUCGCUCUGAUGACUCUGAGGAACUUCGGUUUGGGGAAACGAUCCAUGGAGGACAGAAUUCAUGAUGAGAUUUGUUACACAGUGAAAACCCUGGAGCAAAAUGUUGGUGAGCCUUUCAGUCCUCAGGUGAUGUUUCAUAACGCGGGCUCCAACAUCAUCUGCCAGGUUCUGUUUGGUACACGCUACGAGUACAAYGACCAGAUGAUCCAAGUCAUCGUUCAGUGCUUCACCGAAAACGCCAGGUUGGCCAACGGACCAUGGGCCAUGCUUUAUGACUCUCUUCCUCUAAUCCGUAACCUGCCACUGCCRUUCAAAAAGGCCUUUACAAACGCAGAGACUUGUCGGAACAUURUCACUCGUUUGGUGGAAGAGUUCAAGAAGACCAGAGUUCCCGGAGAGCCUCGACACUUUGUGGACUGUUAUCUGGACGAACUGGAAGAACUGGARAAGAAAGGCAACGUUAGCUCUUCGUUUUCAGAGGAUUUUCUGGUGAUGUACUCUCUGGACUUUUACUUUGCUGGUACCGACACCACCUCCAACACCCUGCUGACUGCGUUUUUAUACCUGAUGAACUACCCACACGUACAGGAACGAUGUCAGCAGGAGAUUGACCUGGUGCUGGAGGGGAAGGAUCGGGUCAGUUUUGAAGACAGACACAACAUGCCUUACACUCAGGCUGUGAUCCAUGAAGUCCAGAGGGUUGCCAACAUUCUUCCACUCAGCACCUUCCAUUGCACAACUAAAGACACAGAGCUGCUGGGGUAUGACAUUCCCAAGCCGGUACUGGGGAACUUCUUGCACCUGGCCUCAAAGAACCCCCUGAAGGAACUUGAGAAGCUCAGACAGACCUAUGGAAAUGUCUACAGUCUGUUCCUUGGUACCAGACCAGCUGUGGUCAUCAAUGGGUUGAAGGCCAUGAAGGAGGCCAUGUUGGAUAAAGCUACAGACUACGCUGGUCGACUUCAAGACACGUUAAUUGGUGAUGUAUUUCAGUGUAAAGGAAUUACUUUUGUCGAUUAUGGGCCUGUUUGGAGGGAACAUCGUCGUUUUGCAUUGAUGACUCUGAAAAAUUUUGGUCUGGGGAAGAAAUCCAUGGAGGAGAGAAUUCAUGAAGAGAUUCAGUUCACCGUUAAAACACUGGAAAAGAGCAUUGGUAAAACUCUGAGUCCUCGGGUCAUGUUCCAUAACGCAGCCUCCAACAUCAUCUGCAAGGUUCUGUUUGGGACCCGUUAUGAGUACGAAGAUGAAACCAUCAAAAAGGUUGUUCGAUGGUUCACAGAGAUGACAAAAAUAUUUAACGGACCGUGGGCCAUGCUGUACGACUCAGUUCCAUAUGUUUCCUACCUGCCGCUGCCCUUUAAAAAGGCCUUUAAGAACAUGGAGCUGUACCUUGACUUUUCAAACACUUUGAUGAACGAGCACAAGAGGACCAGGACCCCUGGAGAACCUCGAGACUUUGUGGACUGCUACCUGGAUGAACUGGAUAAACAGAGAGAAGAUUUCUCAUUUUCUGAAGAACAGCUCAGAAGGAUCACUUUUGAUCUUUAUAUUGCUGGAACUGACACCACCUCCAACACCCUCCUGACUGGGUUUCUGUACCUCAUGAACCAUCCUCAGGUCCAAGAUCGAUGUCAGCAGGAGAUCGAUCGGGUUCUGGAUGGAAGGGAUCGGGUCAGUUUUGAGGACAGACACAACAUGUCUUACGUGCAGGCUGUAAUCCAUGAAGUCCAGAGGGUUGCCAACACUGUUCCUCUCAGUGCCUUCCACUGCUCCACUAAAGACACAGAGCUGAUGGGAUAUGACAUUCCCAAGGGUACCAUGGUCAUCCAGAACAUGGAGUCAGUGCUGAGGGAGGAGGGUCAGUGGAAGUUCCCUCACGAGUUCAAUCCUGAGAACUUCCUGAACGAGCAGGGAGAGUUUGUCAAACCAGAGGCCUUCAUGCCUUUCUCUGCAGGUCCUCGGAUGUGUCUGGGAGAGGGUCUGGCUCGUAUGGAGCUGUUCCUCAUGAYGGUGACCCUGCUGAGGAAGUUUAAGUUCAUCUGGCCCGAGGAUGCUGGAGAACCAGACUUCACUCCGGUCUACGGGAUCACUUUAGUUCCUAAACCUUACAGGAUGAAGGUCCAGCUGAGGUCUGAACAGUGAGGAGGUGCAGACGCUCUGCAGAAACUGAUGAAAGAACUCAAAGCAGCUUCUUUUAAACCUUCUUCAGGACUUUUUCUAAUCAGUAUUGGACUCGACACACAGGGAGUGACAAAUGACAGCGAUUAACUGCUGGCAUUGCUACGAGGGUGAAACCCCACACACGGGAUGUGAUAGCGACAUCAGUGUUGCAAAUCGCACUCUCAGGUUGCUUUGAUUUGAUUGGUUCUUCUACUGAUUUUUUGUAAAGUUUAUUGGUGGUUGUCAGGAGAGGGGAAAAAAGAAUGGUGUGCAUUAUGGAUGGACUAAACAAACCUUGCAAUGAUAAUGAUAUUGAAAAACAAGCGCACGCCAAGACAUGAUUUUAUGAGGAAAAACUUACUGGACAACUUUACCAUGGCUGCCUUUUUUAAACAAUCACUUUGUGAAGUGUCAUAUACAGUAAAGUUGUAAAGUUUGACAGAGCUAAAAUAAUGUUGAAAGUGUUCACUAACAGCAGUGUGUAGCAUACUCUCCUCUCAUUGGUCAGUCAAUGAAACCUUUGCUGACUGGUUGUAGCACCAUGCAACAGCAACAAAGGUUUAACAUUUUUCAACUUUUAUAUGUUGCGUCCCAAGCUUGCGUGUCCACGUCUACGUGUUCAAGCACAAAAUAUCAUUUGCACGAGUUUCGCUGGUCGCUUGGCUGGAGCAGGGUGAGUGAUUGUCGCCUCAUCGCACAAGCUCCGUAAGAAAUGAAUGGAGAGAGAGCAACAUCGUCUCCUGUGUGUCGAGCAAAUUAUUUUGUCAGUUUGAAAGAUUUUAUAAAAUAUUUGUUUUCAUCGUAAA